UCGGGGAAAACACCAGAAAACGCUAGCCAGCGUGUAUUUAUGAGGAGUGGGGCUCAAGAUAACUGAAACCUCAGCAGAGAACACAACUGGACGGAGGAAAGCAAUAAGAAAAUGUGCUUGACGCUUACUUUUGAAAUGUGAUACACGACACGACACGACUAAAUGCUUUGCUUCAUCGUGCCACCACUGCCACGUUCGAGAUAGAGAAAGUGCUUGUAGGAGAUGAAACAGACCACCGCCGAUACCGCAGAAUGAGCGAGUCCGAGCCCGUUAGCUUGGAGUUCAUUGAGGACCCCUACCUGCCGCACCUCGAUGAGCUCACCACAACGCCCUCGCUCGAUCCGGACCAGGACUCUGCGCUUGGAGCGGACUCGGACUGGUACGAGGAGCCCGAAACCGAGGCCGAAGUAUAUUUGCGCAACCUCACCCUCGAUCAAAUCUUUUACGACGUGGACUCGGACUACGCCAACACCCUGGAGCUGCAGGCAGUGGAGACGGAGUUUGUAGGCCCCAAGCUGGCCAAUCAAGUGCCCUCGUCAUCGAUUGCGAAGCGCUUUCGCCUGAGGUUCUUCGCCAGGCGUACAAUGCGAGACGUUAAGGUCACGUUCAUAGACUUCUCGAAACCGUAUCUGGCCAAGAUAUCGAAUAGCGAUAACUACAAGCGGUUUCUCAGCAUCGGUCAAAGCGGCAGAGAUAACAGCGCCAACCUUUCGGAUCCAGCCUCUCCAGCAGCUUCUGUGGCUUCAGCAGAAAUUGCCGCCGAGUUUGCUGCGCUCACCACGGAGGAAAAGGAGCAACGACGCGCCGAAUGGAGUCAGGAACUGGCCCGUGUGGAGGAGGAGAUCAACACGCUUCGAACUGUUUUGGCCUCGAAGACUCGUCAUGCCUCUGAUCUCAAACGCAAGCUGGGCAUCACCGUCUGGAAGGAGCUCACAGAGGACAUGAAUCAGGGCGUGAAGAACAUCAAAGAGAGCACUGUUUACCAAUCGGUGGAGCAAAGCGUGGGCACUUUUACUAAAGCCGUACACGAGGCACCUCUGUACCAGCGCACCGAAUCGGUGCUGAAGACUACGGGCGAGAAGACCGCUUCGGUGUUCGGGAGCAUUACCAGUGGCAUUACGUCGAAAUUGUCACAAAUGAAAAACUCCGAGUCGAUGCGUUCUAUCGAAGCUUCAGUUGGCUCUGCCUAUGAGAACGUUAAAGUAAGCUAUGAACACAACAAUUUUAUGUGCCAACCUCAUGCGACCAAGGUGACAUCCCGCUCGGGGUCGGUUUCCAGUUUCCCAGACGCUAUGGAUGAGAACAACACAUCCUCGGGACUGAACUCACCCACAGACUCACUUACCAAAUAGAUUCCAUGGGAACACCAACAACAAACAGCACGCGUUACAAAAUAAUAAUGGAGAGAAAAUAUGCUAAAACACACACCAUCCACCAACCACUUAUCUAACAAUUGCGAUUGCGAUAUAUUGUGUCUGCGCCUGAAUAUAACCAGAAUUUAACUAUUUCUUUCAUGUGUGUGUGUGUAGUUCUAGCGCCAAACUGUUUGGCCUGGAAGAGUAUACCUACUAUUAAUAUGCAUAUUUAUAUCUGUGUGACACUAUUGAACUGCAUAAAUGCUUUCAACUUUAACCGAGUGGAGGAGAACUUGCUGCAUUCAUAUACAUACAUAUACUAUACUACCUACCAGAAUAAGUGUAUGUGUAAAAGACCCAACUAACCCCUUGCAUUGAGGAUUCGAGGUGAACCUCUUCAUUCCCAUAUUUUCGAUUACUCAGUAAACUUUAACAGAAAAACCCUUUAGAAGAAAAAAAUAUAUAUAUACACAUGUA